UCCGAUCUCGCUGGUUUGUCUCCGGGUCGUGCUGCUUGUGAUGGUGAAGCGCUGGGGUCAAGGCGGUGUUUUCAAGUUGCAGCGAAGUGUGUUGGCGUUUCUGGUGGCGACUGAACCGGGUCAAGAGUCUUCAUCUUGUGUCAAAGCAAAUCUUCCAGAGGAAAUACCAUGUCCCAGAAGAAGUGUAAAGAUGAUAAAGUCCAUGUUUCCAGCUCCUUUGAAUCAGAGGACAUCAGUUUAGAAACAACUGUGCCUACAGAUGAUGUUUCUUCAUCAGAAGAGAGAGAAGCUUCCACUAAAGUCACCAAACAGUUAAUCGAGCGGAAGGAGCUUCUUCACAACUUGCAGCUCCUAAAAAUUGAGUUGUCACAGAAAAACCUAAUAAUUGACAAUCUGAAGGUCGAAUACCUCACAAAAAUAGAAGAUUUGGAGGAAAGGCUAAAUGAUUCCCUUCACCAGAAGCAGUUGCUGCAGGUCCGUUUGGAAAACCAGCUGAAAGUUCAACAGGACGACGCAAGGAGACGUCAAGAUCUACGGAAACAAGAAAUGGAAGCUAUUUUAGAGAGACAGAAACAACUUGAAGAGACAAAUCAGCAGCUGCAAGAACGAGCAGGUGACAUUCGUCGCAGUUUGCGUGAUCUGGAACUGACUGAAGAGCAGUACGCAGAGUUGAAAAUUGGUCCUGAAGACCAGCUUUCUAUUCCAGAAUAUGUAUCUGUACGAUUUUAUGAAGUCAUGCAACCUUUGAAAGAAGAGAUUGAGCAACUACGACAAAAGAAAACCAGUCUUUUGGAAGAGAACAGUAGCCAGAAAAAUCAGUUGAACAGUAUGAUUGAGAGGUAUGAGUCUGAAAGGAGAACUCGCUCUGAUCUUGAAAUCCGUUGUCAGCGCCUUACAUUGGAGCUAGCAGACACUAAGCAACUUAUUCAACAGGCUGACUAUAAAAGAGAGAAUUAUGACCGGGUGAAGCAUGAGAGAGAUGCUCUGGAUCGGGAGGCAUCAGAACUCAGGAAAAAACUAGAAUUACUUGAAGUCUCGCAUAAGACACAAACCAAGGAGAGAAACGACUUGAUCAAAGAGGUGGCAGCAUUGCAGCAAUCUGUUAGUUUGUUGCAAAAGGAUAAAGAAUAUUUGAAUCGUCAAAACAUGGAACUGAAUGUUCGCUGUGCCCAUGAAGAAGACCGUAUAGAACGCCUUCAAACUCAUCUUGAGGAGGCAAAGCGAGCUAGGGAAGAAAUGUAUGAAAAAUAUGUGAUUUCAAGGGACCACUACAAAAAUGAAUAUGAGGAUAAGCUUCGUCGUGAAUUGGAGCAGAUCCGAGUGAAAACAGACCUGGAAAUUGAACAUCUUCGAAGUGGCUCCAAAGAAAUGUAUGAGAGGGAAAACAGGAAUUUAAGGGAAGCAAGAGACAAUGCAGUUGCAGAAAAGGACCGAGCUGUUGAAGCAGAAAAGGAUGCGCUAGCAAAAUGUGACCAACUUCUGGACCAGUUUAGGCAGAUACAAGUCACCACAGAUAGCCGCAUAUCUGAACUCAUGAAUCAGACAAAGCUAAAAACGUUUGAGGCGGAGCGUGCUCAGUUGGUGCAAGAGGAAACUGCCAAGAAUCUCAAACAGUGCCAGGUGGAAUGUGAUAAGUACCAAAAGAAACUUGAGGUUUUAACAAAAGAAUUUUACAAACUGCAGUCAUCAGCAGAGAAACAUACUACGGAACUUCAGGCACAAAACGCUGAGCUUCAAGCACGAUUAGUGACCUAUGAGAAACUAGAACAAGAGCUGGAUGAUGUUAUAAUGCAAUCAGCAGAAAUGGAAAAUGAGGAUGAUGCAGAACGGGUUCUUUUCUCUUAUGGCUACGGUGCUAAUGUUCCUACAACUGCAAAACGACGCCUUCAGCAGAGUGUUCAUCUUGCAAGAAGGUUGUUACAACUGGAAAAGCAAAAUUCACUCCUUCGAAGAGACUUAGAUUGUCAGAAGAUCCAUGCUAAUGAAUUAAGUCAAGAGCUUGCAAAUGCCAACACCUUGAUUAAUCAAGCACAGCAACCUUACAGCUAUCUUAUUGAGACAGUACGCCAGAGAGACACUCAGAUUCAGACCUAUAAAGAAAAACUUUCACAACUGGAGAAUGAAAUAUGUCAAUCAAAUAGAGAGAAAGCUGCUUUACUUCGCAUGAAAAACCAAAUGGCAGCAGAUCUAGAGAAACUCUUGAACCAACGAGAGGAAUUGGCAGUAAUGAAGCAAGUUCUGAUAAAUUUGCACAACAAGCAGCAUGGUGAUGGCUUACCAGUUUCUCGUGAUGAUCUCAAAAGUAAUCCUAUUGCCCAAGCAACAAAAUUGUCUCUGAGCAUUCCCCCACAUGAGGAUGAAAAUGUCUACAAACCAAAACCAACUAUUUUUACAAACAGAGAGUGUCCUGCUUGGUACAAAAAAUUGAAGCAGAAGAAUACUUGAUAUUUUUGAAAUGUGUAAAGGACCCGCCUGGAUUCUGUACUUCCUCAUCCUAUUCAUUUUCAUUAGCCUGACAAUGCAACUGAAGUUGCAGUUUUUCCAAUUCAAGUGCUGUGAUUCUCCUUCUAAACCUAUUGUUGGUGAACUACUUGAGAUGCAGUUUCACUACAACUGUUGGUGUAAAGCUUAAUGCUGUGUUGAUAAUGUAAAUGCAACCUGAAUCUACAAUCAGGUCCUGACCUGGAACCAAUGCAAAACAGAGUGAGCCUCCUGGAGUAAGGGUUCAUUUUGUACUUCAGUUGACCCAAGGAUUAAAACCCUGUUUGCACUGCAAAGAUUAGCAUCAGUGUAGUGCUUAACUACUUUGCACUAAUACCAAACUUACAGUGUAAAUACAGCUUAUCAGACAACUGAAAGGAAAGGUAGGUUUGCAUAGAUGUCAAUGUUAUCAACGUACAGUAAUUUGUUUUAUUGCUGUGAUGGGUAUCCAUGUUAUAUGUUUGAUGUGGCACUAUACAUGUUUAAAAAGAAAAUGUUAAUAAAGAUUUUAUUUUCCUUUAUACCUGUUUACAAUUUUGAUGGUGAUGGUAUAUUACAGUUCACUGGGGGAAUCUGAAUUGCUGUAACAACAUACACUUUUACAUGUAUUUUGUAGUCUGGACCUUUAGAUUAUGAAAGGAAAGGCCCAACAUUCUUUCCAACACAUGGCUAACUAGGAAUCUCUCCCACUCUUAUCACCUGCCAUUGUGCAUUGAAGGGUUUUGCAGUUAAAUACUAAACCAAUUUGAUUGUGUUACAAGGCAUUUUCCUUGCUCUUAUGUCUUGAGGUCAAACCCAAACUCUGAGCAUCUCGCCCAGAGAGAGAGAUAUGGCCCACUAUGUCACAACACUUCUGUUUGCUAGUUUGUGAGGAUGACAUACUUUAAUGACCAGUUUACCAAUGUAGCAGUCGCCUGGCUGCUAAAACACAGGUAUAUUGUGAACUUAGCCAAACAGCAAGGGAUACUGAGUACAUUGGUCAAGUGAAACUCUGAAAUCACAAAACCUGCACACCAGACACCGGGCAAACACUGCAGCCAGGUGCUAAUGACAUUAGCAUAAUGUAAGAGGCAACUGUUAUUCUGCACACAGAUACCCCCAACUUAUUCACUAAACAAAGGACAGUCCGGACAGAAAGGCACUGGGUCCUGCUAAACUAAGAAACAGUAGCAUACCAUCUAAAUGAUUGACUCGUGUUUCAAACUCUUAAGUGUAACUCCCUGAUUGCUCAGAACUAUAGACAGUUCCAGAAAAAGUAUAAAAACAGAGUUCACCUGCAGAUCCCUCUUUCUUUGAACUGCUCUUAGAAUUGACUGAGGCCUUCUGAGAAGAGCAGCACAGCAAGUGGCAGAGAGGAGCUGACCAUCCAGAGGCAGAGAGAAAGAAAGCAGCUUCACAGAGACAGAGCUACAGGGAGCGCGGCUACAUAGAUCUACAAGAGAAUCGGAAAGUAUUGUAACCUUACGGGGCCAAAAGGAUUAGGGAUAGUAUGUUUAGUAUUAAAGAUUAUUGUAAUUUUGUUCCUAAUAAAGUAGGAAUGUUUUGCUUUUGGUACCAGGUUGUGUUUGUAUUGAUUUCAAUGCUUUGGAGCUGAGGGACAU